AUGGAAAAGAUUGAGAAUGUUGAUAUACGGGUAAAGGAAUAUUUGGAUGAUGUUGGAAGGGAGAAAUGGUCUCGGCUAUAUUCACCUGUUAACAGAGGUUGGACGAUGACUUCGAAUAUAGCAGAAUGUAUUAAUGGAAAACUAGUAGCAGCAAGAGAGUUGCCUGUUUUUGAUUUCCUUGAAGAAGUUGAAGCAUUAACUGAAUAUGUUUAUACGGUUAAUGAUGGACCACAGCGUUUCAUAAUUGAUUUGAAGAGGAAAACUUGUAGUUGCCGGAUGUUCCAAAUGGACGAAAUACCAUGUUCACAUGCCUGGGCUGUCUUAAAGAGUAAAAAUCUAACGGCUGAUGCAUAUUGCUCAGAAUUAUUCAAGCCAAAUACAGUGGUAAAUACGUAUGAUGUGCCGAUUGAUCCACUUCCCGACGAGAGUGAGUCGAAUGUUCCAACACACAUAUUGGAGGAGUUUGUUCUUCCACCGAGAUACGAGCGACCUCCUGGUAGGCCAAAAAAGAAGAGGGAUAAGCCAUUAAUGGAGCUGAUGAUUGGUAAACGUAGGAAUGCUUGUAGUACAUGUAGACGUUUUGGCCAUAACAGGCGUUCGUGUGGUAAUGAACCACUUAAGAAGAAGAAAUAA